AUGGCUAGAGACUCGGAUCGCGGCAGCGAUGAUGAACGCAACAGUCGUAAACGCCGUGCCAACGACGAACCGCAAGAUGAUCUACCUCAGCCGUACAACGCCAAGUCGUUGCAGCCAGCGAAGCGACGCGCCCUCUCCCCUUCCGAACAACCCCGAAAGCUGAAGCGCCCGGGUGCGCGUGCGCGUAUUUCAGAAGCCGAGAGAGAAGCUAUCCGCCAACGCCAGCUCGACAGAGAACGAGAGGCUGCGGCAGACGAAGCCGCCGAAGCUGAACAGGAGAGAAUUCGCAACAACAGCGAUCUCGUGAGACAGCACUACAACAAUGUACCUGAGCGCGGUCGCGACUGGAGAACAAGAGACAGCAAGAUUAAGGGACUACGUGUUUUCAACAAUUGGAUCAAGAGCUGCAUCAUUCAACGAUACUCCCCAGAUGAAGACCAUACUCCCGGCUCGCGCGAAGCUGGACGCUCCAGCGGCAAAGAUCUGCUUGUGCUCGAUAUGGGUUGUGGAAAGGGAGGCGACCUUAACAAGUGGCAGCAGGCCCCCCAGCCUAUCCAGCUCUACGUCGGUCUGGACCCUGCUGACGUGAGUAUCGAGCAAGCUCGCGAUCGUUAUAGAACCCUGGGUAGUCGCGGCGGACGAGGUGGGCGAGGCGGUCAUAGAAGACCACCACCCCGUUUGUUCGAUGCUCGUUUCCAUGUCAAGGACUGUUUUGGCGACACCAUUGAGAAUCUUGAAAUCAUCCAGCAAGUUGGUUUCGACCCUUCACCAAUGAACCGCCGAGGCUUUGAUGUUGUCAGCAUGAUGUUUUCCAUGCACUACGCUUUCGAAUCCGAGAAGAAUGCUCGCAACAUGCUCCGCAACGUCGCCGGAGCACUCAAGAAGGGAGGGCGAUUCAUAGGUUGUAUUCCUAACUCUGAUGUUCUGGGCGAGCGGGUUCGCAAGUUCAACGAGGAGGCUGCUGCGAAGCGCGCGGCCAAGCAAGAUGCAGAGAAGAAUGGCGAUGGCUCAACAACCCCACAACAGACUGAGCCUGAGGAUGGCGAACUGGAGGAGGGCGAGGAGGAGCCGACUGCCGAAUGGGGUAACUCUAUAUAUCGUGUGCGCUUCCCCGGCAAGACGCCAGACGACGGUGUAUUCCGACCUGCGUUUGGCUGGAAAUACAACUUCUUUCUGGAUGAGGCAGUGGAAGAGGUGCCCGAGUACGUUGUCCCCUGGGAGGCUUUCCGUGCUCUCGCCGAAGACUACAACCUGGAACUGCAAUUUCACCGGACAUUCCCUGAGAUUUGGGAGGCCGAGAAGGACGACCGAGAGUUGGGUCCUCUGAGCGAGCGCAUGGGCGUACGUGAGCGCGGUGGCGGUCCAUUGGCCGUUUCCGAUGAGGAAAUGGAAGCUGCUAGCUUCUAUGUCGGAUUCUGUUUCUACAAGGUCUAA